GUUCUUUUUCGCAGUCAACUCGUCUGAAUUCAAGGUGGAGUGGAUGCCCAGCUAGCUCCGUUGCGGCCGUUGCACUGGAGCCGGCGCGGCUGAGCAGAUCAACCAACAAGCAACAUGACCCAUCAUUCCCGCUACUUCAACUGCAGUCGGUUGCUCCGUGGAAUGGAGGAGAUUGACCAGCCUGAGAGCCUCACUUGCUCCAGCCCAGGCUGUGAUAUCAUUGCAAUACCAUGAGUCCCACGGCACGAUAUUCAUUGAUAGGAACGCCCGGGCCACCGCAUCAAGACUGCUCCUGCCCAGGUUCACGCUCAGGUACUUAAUUCCCAUCUGUCCCCGGCCGAAGACAUGAAUCUUCUCUUCCUCGACCAACUACUCCCUCCCCCGACGCUAGACUACCUUCACAUCAUCCCUCAAUCAACACCACAACAUACCACCCAACAAUCAACAUGAAGGUCUUUGCCAUCAUUGCCCUCUUCCUAGGCGCCAUCAGCGCUGGUGUGGCUGCCCCAGCCGAGCCCACCACGACCAUUGACCUCCCGCCCCCCGCAGGCGAAACCAAUAUUAUCUGGAACCCCAACGCGACUGACGAAAACAACAUCACGGCCAGCAGCGGCGACGCGCCCAAGUGGUUCUUCGAGAUGUUUGAGGCUACUGGCAUCAACUGCAAUGAUAAGAAGUGGAUGACUGUCAGACUCAACCGAUAUGGCACCUUCUGCUUCAGGACCGAGAUUGAUGUUCGCCGCGUGCGCGUCGUCAACUCCGGCGGCUGCUCCACCACUUACUUCUCUGAUGAGAACUGCACCAAUGAUCCCCAGCACGUCGAGGUGCCUCUUCACUGUGUCGGUUAUAGUGGCGGGAAUUUGAUCAAGUCUGUCGUUGUUGCUUGCUAAAUGGGCAUGGCGCCAGACCACACCACGGCGACAUCACCCACGAGGGGAAAGAGCGCAGAGAACUGGUGGGAUGCGAAAUUCUAGUCGAGGGAAGGCCUGUAGUCUGCGAACCCUGCUGGCAGAGUUAUCUUGGGGAGGAGCAACCGGCAAAAAGACAC